AUGUCUAUGGCUGUAGUUGAUGUGGGCUCGCUUCUGCUGGUGGCACUGUUAUGGGGAGUCACUAACCCGUUCCUGCGGAAGGGAGCAGAGGGGGUAGAGAGAAUGAGAGAAGACAGGACAGUGUGGAGGCUGCUGGGUGAGGCCAAGUUCCUUAUCUCCAAUUACAGGUACAUUAUACCCUUUCUUCUUAACCAGAGUGGUUCAGUGUUUUUUUUACCUUACACUGGCAUCGACGGAGCUGUCCUUGGCUGUCCCUGUGUGUAACUCUCUUGCACUGGUUUUUACAGUGGUGACUGGAUGGAUCUUGGGAGAGAACAUUGGUGGGAAAGGAGCCGUGCUUGGGCUGCUUAUCACGAUUUUUGGAAUUUCAAUCUGUGUGGCAAGUUCUGUGAAUGACUGA